CUACCUAUUAUCGAAGUAUCGCCAUCUCUAGUUGCCACAAAAGAAGGGGAAUUAAGGCCAAAAUAUUAUUGCAAACAGGACAACUAGUGGCUCGCCAGCCCCUUUGCACUGCUAGGAGCGGAUUCCUGAAAAUGAGCCGGCAUCGUAGAUGCGACACCCGUGCUUAGUGUUAAAAUUCUGCAAACGGAGUGACGGUUGAGAGCGGCGGAGAGUGUUGGAAGUCAAGAGAAAACAGCAACGGGGCGGCGGCAACGCCAACAGCAACGAAUCAACAACUAGGCAGCGUUGUUGCUGUGCUCUACAGAAAAUCCGGGCCCCCUUAUCGCAAGCGAGAACCCAGACGAGACACCACUCUGCCGGGGCGAACGAUGUGCGGGUUGGACUUGAGACGCUUCUGUGAGGAUUGGCGGAUAUGGAUACGGCCGCUGUUGAUCGUCACCUAUGGCAUUUUCGCCAUCAUUGUGGUUCCGCUCCUGAUUGUGAACUCGGUGAAGGAUGGCUUCCAGCGUAACGACCAGCUAAUCCUCAUCGGUGGUCUUUUCGUGCUGGCCGCCGUGCCCGUGUCGAUAUGGCACAUUAUCCAACACGUCAUCCAUUUCACGAAACCGAUUCUGCAAAAGCACAUCAUUCGCAUACUGUGGAUGGUGCCCAUUUACGCCCUGAACGCGUGGAUCGGCCUCUUCUUUCCGAAGCACUCGAUUUACGUGGACUCGCUGCGCGAGUGCUACGAGGCGUACGUGAUCUACAAUUUCAUGGUGUACCUGCUCAACUACUUGAAUCUCAACAUGGACCUGGAGGCCACCAUGGAGUACAAGCCGCAGGUACAGCACUUCUUUCCGCUCUGUUGCAUGCGACCGUGGGUGAUGGGGCGCGAGUUCAUCCACAACUGCAAGCACGGAAUCCUCCAAUAUACAGUGGUGCGACCGAUCACCACCUUCAUCUCUGUCAUCUGUGAGCUGUGCGGCGUCUAUGGCGAGGGCGAGUUUGCCGGUAACGUGGCCUUCCCCUACAUCGUGGUCGUGAACAACAUCUCCCAGUUUGUGGCCAUGUACUGCCUGGUGCUAUUCUACCGUGCCAACAAGGAGGACCUCAAGCCAAUGAAGCCCAUUCCCAAGUUCCUUUGCAUCAAGGCUGUGGUGUUCUUCUCCUUCUUCCAAGGAGUGCUGCUCAAUGUGCUGGUCUAUUACAAUAUAAUUAAGGACAUUUUCGGAUCGGAUGUGGGCGACACGAAUCUGGCAUCUCUACUGCAGAACUUCCUCAUUUGCAUCGAGAUGUUCAUCGCCGCCGUGGCUCAUAUCUACAGCUUCCCGCAUCAUCCGUUCCACAUCAACUCGCCGCAGUACUGGAACAAUCCGAACCAUAACUGGUGCCGCGCCUUCCUCUCCAUGAUGGACAUAUCCGACAUGCAAGAGGACGUCACCGAGCACCUGGGAGUUGUGAGCAGUUCGCUGAGUCGCCGCUUUCAGGGACGUAGCACCUAUCAGCCGCUGGCGCGUAGUCCUCGUCGCUCCAGCAGCGAGUCUGAGUAUCUCAUUAGCAAGCGUCAGGAUCAGCAAAUGUCGGGCAGCUCGUCGCAGUCAGGUAACAUGGUAACAUAUGGCGCAACGUCGAGUCGCCUGAUCGUGCCCGUUUACGAGGGCAAGUUGAGCACACUCCCCGAAAACCAACCCACUCACUCCCAAUCUCAAUCUCGAUUUCCCCUAGCAGGCGUGCCGCCCGAUGAUAUGGUUACUAGUAGCAAUAGCAACAACUACCAACAACAGCAACUACACUUGCCAGGAGCGGCGGGCACACAGCCGUCGACGCGUCAGCGUGAAACGCUACAUCUGCGUGAGCGUGAAAGGGAUAGGGAUCUGGGCGCCGGUGGUGCUGGUGGCAAUAGCAGCUUCCUGCGUCUGGCACCCGGCGCCGGGGCCGCUUCGGCCGCCGCGCCCAUUCCCGAGUCCAAUGACGACUAUGCCCUGCUUCUGGGUGGCGGAGCAGGCAGGUGACACCGCUAUCAGCAAUACCAAUACCAGCAGCAUCACCAAUACCCGCACAUUGACGACGCAUUCGAGGAUGAGGACGGCGUGGAUGUGAGCCAGCACUUGAAUGCCGCCUCGUCGCUCAGUGCCUCGCUGUCCGUGUCGUUUGGCAUGUCGAGCAGCCUCAAGUUCAGUGCCACGGGCAGCAAUCAGACAGCAUCCGAGUGGUCGAACUCAACGGGCGGGGAUGAUGACGGUGACGAUGAUGAUAAUGAUAACGCGGACGAAGACGAUGAUGGCGAUGACGACGACGGUGCUGGCGGCGGUCAGCCCGUUGUAGUUUUUGCCUCAACGACGCGGCGUCGCCGCGAUCGAGAAUACAUCACCUAGACUCCCCCAAACCGCCCCUCAAUCCUUAUUCACUUUAUGUUCUGCUUAUAUUUAUGAUUUCCCCUCUAUCUUGAUGUGUGUUAGGCUUAAAAUACUCAUGAAACGAACUCAUUCUACCGGUCCCCAUCAAAUGGGGUUCUUUGAAAUCGUGGCCUUAGUUUUCAUUGCGAAAGCGCAGCAACCCAACUGAUUUUCCAUGCCACCCAAUUAUUGUAAUCGCACACAUCCCUUAGCCCAAAGAAUCAUCAUUAUAGAAAUAGGCGAGUCUAGUGGCGUUUUGUACGUACAUUUUAUACACUGUUUUUGCAGGCAGACCUUGCACUCGAAACGAUAUUCUUACUAAAUAUGUGCAUUCCCCCCUCCCCGCUAGGUGAUCCCGAAGAAGUAUAUGUAGUUAAUGGAGCGCUUGUGAAUUUUGUGACUGCCGCCGGUCCGAAAAGGGCGAGACUUGUAUUUAUAUAGAAAUUCUUAUUGUAAAACUAAUAUACAUCGCAAUAAUAUAAUCUUGAAAACAA